AUGGCAGCAGCCACAGCAGGAUUCUACCCCCUGCUGCUGCUUCUGCUGCUGGGGCUGUGGGUGGCCGAGGACCCAGUCAGUGCCAAACCCAGCCACAUGACCUCAUCUCAGUGGUUUGAAAUUCAGCACGUGCAGCCCAGACCUCAAGCAUGUAACUCAGCCAUGGGCCACAUCAACAAGUACAGAAAACACUGCAAAAACCUCAACACCUUCCUGCAUGAAUCCUUCUCCAGUGUGGCCACCACCUGCCGGACCCCCAACAUAGCCUGCAAGAAAGGCCAUAAGAACUGCCACCGGAGCCCACAGCCUGUGUCUCUGACCAUGUGUGAACUCACCUCAGGGAAGUAUCCAAACUGCAGGUACCAAGAGAAGCAUCUAAAUGCACCUUAUAUAGUGGCCUGUGAUCCUCCUCAGAAAAAGGACUCUGGGAAAUUCCAGCUGGUUCCUGUGCACUUGGACCAAGUCCUUUAG